GCGCUACCCAUCGAGCCACUCUACGGGUUCUCUAUUUUGCAUCAUCUCUUCAGAUCUGUGCUUCUAAAUCUCAGAUCCUGUGCGAAUUCCAGAAUUUCCGUCUGCUUUACAAGAUGGUUGUACUUGCUGCAUCCAUUGUGAGCAAAUCUGGGAAAGUUCUGGUAUCGAGACAGUUUGUAGAUAUGCCUCGUUCAAGAAUUGAGGGUCUUCUUGCAGCCUUUCCCAAGUUAGUAGGCACUGGAAAACAGCACACCUAUGUUGAGACUGAGAGUGUACGCUAUGUUUACCAGCCAAUAGAAAUACUGUACCUGCUUCUUGUGACAAACAAGCAGAGCAACAUACUGGAGGAUUUGGAGACUCUAAGACUUCUCUCCAAGCUUGUGCCUGAAUAUUCUUAUUCCCUUGAUGAAGAGGGCAUCUGCAAGAAUGCAUUUGAGCUGAUUUUUGCAUUUGAUGAAGUCAUCUCUCUUGGGCACAAGGAAAACGUGACAGUCGCACAAGUUAAGCAAUACUGUGAAAUGGAGAGUCAUGAGGAGAAAUUGCACAAGCUUGUUCUGCAGAGUAAGAUAAAUGAAACCAAGGAUGUUAUGAAGCGGAAAGCUAGUGAGAUUGAUAAGAGCAAGAUUGAAAAGAACAGAGGUGAAAAAGGUGGAUUCAUGUCUUUGCAGUCGAUGGGCUCAGGAAGAAUUGAAAGUAGCUUUAAUGAUUUGAGCAUAUCUAGCAGUGGAUCUGGUUUUGGAAGUGGCUCUGGUUUUGGGCUCAGCACUGACAUUGAUUCAUUUUCUACCAAAUCAAAAGGUCAACCACCAGCAUCUGCUACUGCGCCACCUAAAGGUUCUGGCAUGCAGCUUGGUAAAUCUCAGAGGACAAACCAGUUUUUGGAAUCAUUGAAAGCAGAAGGUGAAGUCAUUCUUGAAGAUGUUCAGCCAAAACUUGGCCAGUCUAGACCAGCUGCCCCACUGGCUACUGAUCCUGUAACUUUAACUGUCGAGGAGAAACUUAAUGUGACACUGAAACGAGACGGUGGAGUGAGUAAUUUCGAUGUCCAGGGCACAUUGUCUCUUCAAAUCCUUAACCAGGAGGAUGGUUUUAUUCAAGUUCAGAUUAAAACUGGGGGCAAUCCAGGCAUCCUUUUCAAAACGCACCCUAAUGUGAAUAAAGAAUUAUUUUCCUCUGAAAAUAUACUAGGUCUAAAGGAUCCCAAUAGGCCUUUCCCUACGGGUCAAGCUGGCGAUGCAGCUGGUGUUGGCCUUUUGAAGUGGAGGAUGCAAAGCAACGAUGAGUCCCUGGUGCCAUUGACUAUCAACUGCUGGCCUUCUGUUUCGGGAAAUGAAACUUAUGUUAGCAUUGAGUAUGAAGCUUCAUCAAUGUUUGACCUGCGAAAUGUUGUGAUCUCAGUACCUCUUCCAGCUCUUCGAGAAGCCCCGAAUGUUAGGCAGAUUGAUGGGGAAUGGAGGUAUGACUCUAGGAAUUCCUUCUUGGAGUGGUCUAUCCUCCUUAUUGACAAUUCAAACCGAAGUGGGUCUCUGGAGUUUGUUGUUCCACCAGCAGAUGCAUCUGUUUUCUUUCCAAUUUCAGUCCGAUUCUCAGCAACUGAAACAUAUAGUGACCUGAAGGUUGUCAACAUCAUACCGCAAAGGGGUGGCAAUCCUCCCAAAUACUCCCAGAGAAUUCAAUUGGUCACGGAAAACUAUCAAGUGGUGUAGUUGAUUAUUCCUUGGAUUCUGAGCUUCUUUUACUUAUGGAUGUCAUCAAGCGGAUCUUUUGCCAAUAGGUUUUUCUUUUCCUAGUUUCAUCUCUUGUUAUACCCAUGAAAUUAUACUUGCACCUUGGUUUUGCUUCGCAAGGCAGGGAAGUAUGUUUUGUUUUUCCUUACAUUAAUGCAAACCUUGAGUGUAUUUACGCCAUAGCUUGAUUUCUCGAACAAGAUUUGUAAAAGGAUAUUGAGUAACAUUGCAUAUAAUCUCUUGAUUGUAAAGAAAAAUUGUAGCCCUUCUAACGGUUGAAA